AUGACGUCGAUACUUGUAGUGGAGGAUGUCGGAUGCUCGACAGACUGCAGCUGCAGUGAGGACGACUCCUUCGACGCCAGUGUGUUGGUGGUGCCGACCAGACUGUGCCUGUGUCCGUCUUCUGUAAUGUACAGACCACGUGUCCGCGGAGCUCUGUCAUCCUCAAGGUGGGUGUGUGGGGUUUGGUUUGGUGGGGUGUGGUGGGUGUGGGUUGUGGUGGUUUUUUUGGUUGGUUGGGUGUGGGUGGUGUGGAGUGGGGUUGUGGGUGGGAUUGGUUUGGUUGUGUGUUGGUGUGGGUGUUGUUGUGUUGGGGGUGGGGUGGUGGUUGUUGGUGGUGUUGGGUGUGGGGGUUGGUGGUGGUUGUGUUGGUUUGGUUGGGUUGGUGGUGGGGUUGGUGUGUGUGUUGGUGGGUGGGGGGUGGGUUGGGUAGUGUUAGUGGUUUGUGUGUGUUGGGUGGUGGUGUGUGUGUGUUUUGUGGUUGGUGGGUGGGUUGGAAAUGAGGGUAUAGUGGUAGGUAGGGAGGAGUGUUUUGGGGGGUGGGUUGUGGUAUGGGGGGGGGGGUAG